AUGGGCUCCGCGCGCCGGGCGCUGUCCGUGGUACCGGCUGUUCUGCUGGUUUUCGCACUGCCUGGGCUGCCUGUCUGGGCACAGAAUGACACCGAACCGAUCGUGCUGGAGGGCAAGUGUCUGGUGGUGUGCGACUCGAACCCAGCCACAGACUCCAAGGGAUCAUCAUCUUCUCCACUAGGGAUAUCGGUCCGAGCAGCAAACUCUAAGGUGGCCUUUUCGGCGGUUCGGAGCACAAACCACGAGCCAUCCGAGAUGAGCAACAAGACGCGCAUCAUUUACUUUGAUCAGAUCCUGGUUAACGUGGGCAAUUUUUUCACACUGGAGUCUGUUUUUGUGGCACCUAGGAAAGGAAUCUACAGUUUCACUUUUCACGUGAUUAAAGUGUACCAGAGCCAAACAAUCCAGGUUAACUUGAUGUUGAAUGGGAAACCAGUCAUAUCUGCUUUUGCUGGAGAUAAAGAUGUGACCCGGGAAGCCGCCACCAACGGAGUACUACUGUACCUGGACAAAGAAGAUAAGGUUUACCUAAAACUGGAGAAAGGUAACUUACUUGGCGGCUGGCAGUAUUCCACGUUUUCUGGCUUUCUGGUGUUCCCUCUAUAGAACUUGACUUCUCCGUGAUGCCCGUGCGUGAGGGCGCUCACCCCUGGGUUACCAGAAGACCACGUUUUACCCUUGGAUCGAUGUCCCUUUUGUUUCGCUCAUGAGUGACCAUGGAUUCUCUUUAAGGAUUCUAGACCCGUCUGGAGAAACAUACAUGUCACAGAUUAUCUUCACGUGUGUGCCAGUUUCCUUAUGUGUCAGUCAGGACUCCAAAGCCGGAAAUCCCUAAAUCUGCUUACAGGUUAACGGUCAGAAGUUGUCUCAAGGUUCGUUCUAUUUAGUUUCCUGCGGUUACUGCAUUGGGGUUUUCAGUUCUUUGUUUUUGAAACGCCGGCAAGCUUGUCUGAAAGUUAGAAACCUUGGAAGUUCUGACUUCAGUGGUUAUUAUGGAACUGCCAAAGACUCGUAUAUCGUGUGGGUACAUCGAUUACACUUGUCUUCUUUUCCUUUUUUGGAAUUAUAAUUACUUUGGCAUUGGUUUGUUUUGUUCUCUUAAGGUAACUGGAAUUGUAUUUUAGUGAGUGUCGUUGUGUUUUCUCUACCCGUAAGGUAAGAAACAAAUGGCUUGCCUCAAAAUGUAACUUAACUCUGAGCUCACCCACAUGACCUCCCUCUUGUUCCCUAAAAUGAAUGCUCCAUAGUUGUAUUUUAAUUAUAUAUGUGAAAGAGUCAUAUUUUCCCAAAUUAUAUUUUCUAAUAGGAAAAACGGAUCAUAAUCUGACAAAGAAAAAGUUACUUACCCCAAUUCUAAAUGCUCAGUCCCCAAACCUUGGCAAAAUAGCUCCCCUUGGUGGAAAAUCUUAUACUUUAUUGCUCAGCUUUAAUUAACGUGAUUGAUAAUAACCACUUUAUUAAGACCAUAAGGGAUUAUUUUCCCCUUCAACAUGACCAUGUUAUUAACUGGAGAUGGUACGCCCUUGUUUUUAAUUAUAUCUAUUUUUCAAAUCUCCUGUUGUGUUUGAAAUAUCAUCUGGUUUUGCCUUAAUUCCUUAACUUGUGUAUAUAUAUAUAUAUAUAUUUAUCUGUUCAGCUAAUAUUAAAUCCAGAUACUCCAUAACAAAAUUUAGUGCAAUAUCUUAUUUUGUCUUUUG